AUGAUGACCGACACGAUCAUUAACAAUCUUCCUGCGGAAGGUCUUCGCGUCGUCAUGCGAUCCCUGUUGGCCGCGCACCCGGAAGUCACACAUUCGUUCGAGGCAGAGACGCAGAAGUACAUCGAAGAAACUGCGUUACCAACACUGGAAGCUCGACAACCAGACCCGAGCUUGAUCGGGCUAAAGAGGAUUCAACAGAUCAUUCGAUGCAUGCUUGGCUGCGGGCUUUGCUAUAGGGCCCUGCCAGUCGCUAGGGAUCUGGUAAACCACGCUCUUGUGUUAUUAACUUCAAAAGACGCCGGCCUUGAUUCCGAUGUAAGCGACUUUUUGGCGUCGGUUGAUGGGGAUAUAGUACAGUCAGUCACGGCAAUCCAGAAGACCUUGUUCGUCUCAUCAGGAAUGAGGGAACUUUCUGUUCAUGAGAAAGUGCUUGUGGAAGAACUUCAUCAAAGUCUGAUGGAUUGCUGCAAGCAGGCGGUCGAGCGAGGCCUCGACUGCCCCUAUGGCCGCGCGCUAAGCGCUACCUCAAGCCUGUUGGGACUAUCGCAACUCGAAGACACAGAGCUGCACAGCACACUUGCCGCAAUGUACGUCAAGCAACCUGUUCAAACCUCAGAUACUUUUGAAAUGGGGGGAAAGAGACUCCCGAGGAUAUUUUCUGGGCUCUGGCAACUUUCCAGUCCCGCCUGGGGAUCAGCAUCAGCACCCAAGAUCUUCGCUCAAUUCGCCAAACAUGUCGAGAGCGGGUUCUCCGCAUUUGAUAUGGCAGAUCACUAUGGUGACGCAGAGAUUAUCUUCGGCCGCUUCCGCUCGGCGUUUCCUCAUGGAAACUCUAUUUUUGCGGCCACAAAAUACUGUGUUUUCCAUCCAAUGACUGUUACUAAGGACGCAGUUCGAGCAAACGUAACAGAGAGAUGCCAGAGGCUAGGAAGUGACAAGGUGGAUUUGCUCCAAUUCCAUUGGCAGUUCUAUGCAGAUCCACAGUACCUGGAUGCAUUGCGUUACCUCGCGGAAGACGAACGCGUCUCUGCGUUAGGUCUCUGCAACUUCGAUACAGAGCAUCUCGAGGCUGCAUUGAGCAACGGAAUCAGAUUUUCUCUAAUCGACAGCCGACCUAUGAUCCGCAUGGGUGAAGUCUGCGACAGACACAAUGUGAAACUCUUGACAUACGGUACAUUGUGUGGUGGCUUUCUCGCGGACAAAUGGCUAGGAAAACCCGAGCCUGAUCUGUACAAUGAGUCUAUAACGCCUAGUCAGCGAAAGUAUCACGGCAUGAUCCGAUCCUGGGGUACCUGGGCACUGUUUCAGGAGUUACUUACCGUGCUUCAGAAUAUAGGAAUGAAGCACAAAGCAAGCAUCUCCAACGUGGCUACCAGAUGGGUUUUGGACUUUCCAUACGUUGGUGCUGUCAUUGUAGGGGUCCGUAUGGGAAUUAGUGAGCAUACGAAGGAGAAUCUAGCCAGUCUGGGUUGGAGACUAGAUGAAAAUGAUCAGACCUCGAUAGAUGCCGUUCUGAGAAGGAGCAGGAGGCUCGAGAUGUUCGAUGCAAUGGGCGAUUGUGGUGGAGAGUAUCGAUAG